UUUUCAGGGGCCGGAGGCGCUCAUGCAGGCUGCCGCCCAUUCCUACCCCUGGAAGGAGGGAGGGCAGCCGCCCUCCGCGGGGACCGAACGGGAAAGUCCUGCCCCGGACGCGCCGCGGGGUAAGGGGGGGUUCCUGAGCCAGAGCUGCGGAGCCGUGGGGGGCCCCCCUCCCCUUCCCCCCAGGGGUGUUUCUCCAGGGCUCCCUCAGUCCUGCGCAUCUCCCCCGCUCGGCUUAAUAAUGACCUUCCCCAAAGGCUGCCCUUUCGCAACCGCGGGGCUGGAAUCGGCGGGAACGUUUCCUGCUCGCGGAGGGACAGGAACAGCAGCUGCCCCUUCAGCUCAGAGCCCCGUGUCCUUCGAGGAGGUGGCCGUGUAUUUCACCAAUGAGGAGUGGGCGCUCUUAGCUGCUGGCCAGAAAGCCCUCCACCGAGAAGUCAUGCUGGAGAAUUCUAGGAACGUGGCUUCCUUGGGAGACGGGGGGGAAAGCAGCAGCAGCAGCAGCAGAGGCAGGAGGUCACUGGCCAGCCCCAGCCUGCUUGGGAUGAAGGAGACCUGGAGAAAUCAGGAAGGAGCCAAAGAGCAGAGGGGAGGCCCAACAGAGAAGCUGAAGGAGCAGCUGCAGCCGGGGGACGCCCCUCGCAAAACGCCAGCUCGGCAAGGAAACCUGGAAGAUGGGAGGAGCUUUGGCCACCCAGCAGAGCGGAGUGCCCAUCGGCAGAGCCGGGCAGAGCAGAAGCAGCACCGGUGCCGGGAAUGUGGGAAGAGCUUCCGGCAGAGCUCCCACCUGGCUUCCCAUCAAAGCAUCCACACGGGAGAGAGGCCACACCAGUGCUGGGAGUGUGGGAAGAGCUUCCGGCAGCUCGCCUAUCUCACCUCCCACCGAAGGAUCCACACGGGGGAGAAGCCAUAUCAGUGCUCAGAGUGUGGGAAGAGCUUCAAUCGGAGCACAAACCUCACUUGCCAUCUAAGGAAGCACACAGGGGAGAAGCCUUACCACUGCCCCAUCUGCAGUAAGGGCUUCUGCGACAAAUCAGGGUUCAACCUGCACCAGUUAAUUCAUUCCAAGGACAAGCCGCAUAAGUGCUUAACCUGCGGCAAGACUUUCAUCCGGCGCUCGCAGCUGACGUCCCACGAAGGGAUCCACACGGGGGAGAAGCCGUACCGGUGCUCGGAGUGUGGGAAGAGCUUCCACCGGAGCUCCAACCUCACCUCUCACUUGCGAAUCCACGCGGGGGAAAAGCCGUACCGCUGUUCUGAGUGCAGCAAGAGCUUUUACGACAAGCAGCACCUCCUGCGGCACCAGAGGAUGCACACGGCGGAGAAGCCCUACCCGUGCGUGGAGUGCGGGAAGAACUUCAGCCAGAGGAGGAACCUGAUGAGACAUCAGAAGCUCCACGGGGGAGCAAAACCGCAUCCGUGCUUGCAGCAGGCAAAGAGGUUUUAUAACGAGCGACAGCUGAAGAGGCACCAAACUGCUCAUGGGGAGGAAGGGGGGACCUUCAUGUCUUGGAGUGUCGAGGUGGCAUCAGACGGGGCCCCAGUCCUGCUUCCCUGCCGAGAAUUCGCACAGGGAAAUCAGUAUGUCAUAAUUUCUCAGAUUGAGUGACAGGGUAUUGCUCAGUUAGUCUUUGUGAACAUAUGACAACUUUUUUUAUCCCUCGCCAGAGACUGAUCACUUUGUGCCUUAAUUCUGUGCUUACAUUUCUAGCACACUUGGCUAACAACACCAUUCAGCAUGGUUCUGCUGGUCACCCAGCCGUAGAUAUAAGAACAUCCAUGCUGGAGAGAUGAAGAACUUUUGUACAGUCAGGACCAGAAAUAUUGGAAGAAGAAUAACUGUUUUGGCAUUUGGCCUCUGUACACCACCACACUGAAGUUGAAAGGACUUCCUGAAUGGUCAGUGUCCCACUUUUGUCAAACCCCUUGAUGUACAGCUGAAAGUCCUGACUUCACUCCCAUCUGGGUGUGUUUCC